ACAAAAUUUUUAUUGCCUUCUGAGUUUUUGUCGAAACUUGUUCAUCUCAAUUUUGCUUUGUGAAGGAAAGUUUGUGAAAAUCCGUGAAAAUGGAGUGUUAUCCGUGGAAAGAGGGAGAAGAGCUGUAUGAAGAGGUCGUCGUUCAAGUAAUACCAGAGGAUGAGAUCAUUGAAUAUGUUGGAGAUUCCGUGAAUGUUGACGAAGAGUUGGAGGCCAGCGAGAUUAUCCUCGAGGAUCCACCGGUGAAUGAUCUGCCGGAAGUUCAGGAAGUUGAUGUGGUGACUGUUGAUUUCAGCUGCACGGGGGGAAAGACAAAGGGAAGGAGACCUAAAGGGAUCCUGGAUGAAGAUCACAAUCUUGUGCAUGAGACUAUGUGUCCCUACUGCAUCUUUUGGUUCCAAGAUGAGGAUGUCCUGAUGGAGCACAUGAAGAAUCACGUCGGGCCCAGGGAUCAGUGGUGUCACUUCUGCCACAAGCUCUUUGCCAUUAGCUACCUGAGGAAGCACAUGAAGGUUCACUUCAUCAAACGCUACUACCUUUCGGAUAAGACUGAUGAGAAGCAGAAGAAGCCACGCAGGGGAGGAACCCAGAAAGCUCAGGGAGCUCACGGAAAUCAAUCACUGAGGAGCGCACGAAUGCCACGAAAGGCUAAAGAGAUCACCCAGGAGGGACAGAAGGAUUCCAAUAAGACUGCCAAUUCACCCAAUCCAUCCCUAUGGAAUACUCCUCUGUUCAUUGAUUGCAACAAUCUGCCCUCCAAUUAAAUGCUCAGAGAUUUUCUUAUUUUCUUCUAGA